CCAGAAGAGGAAGAGAGAGGGGAGAGAGGAGGAGUAAAGGAAAGACAAAACGACCGGGGAGAAGAACAGAGGAGGAAUAAAGGACUGUUUGUUUUCACUUUAUGUCGAUUUGAAUAACGUUAAGAAGAGCAAGUUGAUUUGCACCAGUUUUGCAUGUGCUAAAUAGGUGGAAAGAGAGAGAGAGAGAGAGAGAGAGAGAGAGAGAGAGAGAGAGACCGACCCUGAGUACAGACGCACUGUUUCUUCUUCACGUGGCGUUUUUCAGUCAUAUUGAAGUGAGCAACACGGCGAGGAAAAUCCCAGAGCAGAGUUUCCUCCCUCUGCUGUAUCUACACCACACCGGACUAUGGCAGCGGUAACAACCCCGGAGUCGAGCCCUCAGCCGCGGGUCUACUUCCAAACUCCAUCCGGUACCGAAGAGACCGAGACUCCGGCCCGGAAACAAGGCCGGGUUACGGUGAAAUACGACCGGAAAGAGCUGAGGAAGAGACUGAACUUGGAGGAAUGGAUCAUAGAUCAGCUUACAGAACUGUACGACUGUGAGGAGGAGGCGAUUCCUGAACUGGAGAUAGAUGUGGAUGAGUUAUUGGACAUGCAGGAUGAUGCGGAUCGUGCUGCACGUGUUAAGGAUCUGCUGGUGGACUGUUACAAACCUACUGAGGACUUUGUAAUGGAGUUGCUUGACAAAAUCCGUGGCAUGCAGAAACUAAGCACACCUCAGAAGAAAUGAUGCACCUACAGCCUCGGCUCCUCAUCCUAACCCUCCCCCAGCCAAUCCCAGCUUUUUCCUCUUCUUCAGUAGAUGCUCAACCAAUCAUGUGAGGCAGAGGGGAAAGUGAGCUUCCUGGGGAAUCGAGCCAAUCAGAUUCUUAUAAGCAGGGCUUAUUUUUGUUUUAUUCAUUUUUUGUUAACUUUAUGAUAUAUUAUUUUUUUCUGAAAGUUGAAAAAGAUUCCAUUGUGUUUUGAAGCAUUUGUAGAAAUUCUAGCGAUAUAUUUCUAUAAAAACAUUUUAGAUGUUAGGUGACUGUGUGAUAUUUUGCUGAUGCAAUACUGUACACGUGUCCCUAGUGGACGACACCCUUAUAAAUGUGCUGUUUGUAGUUCUCCGAAAUUAUGUUACUAUACCCUGUGGUGUAGUACGUUUGGAAGAGAUGAGAUAUGCGCUGCCUUUUUUUUUUAAAAGCAAAAUGUAUUCCUUCAUUUUAUCUUGGCUUUGCGAGGAAUGCAGAUCUGUUUGUUUGUGUGUAGGAUGAGUUGUUUUUUUUUUUGUUUUUUUUUUAUAAACGUAUCCCACAUAUAUAGAAACACACAUUUACACACAAAAACACAGACAGCCGGGCGUCAUCCCCCUCCAGGAUCAGUGGGAACAUGUACCACACACCACAGCUGUGGUUAUUAAGCCCCACACUCACACACAGAUGUGCGCUAUGGCAUGUGGAGCACAGAGGGAGAUGACAGUGUGCUGGAGGGUCUUGCGGCUUGCCAUGAAGUCUGCCGGUUUAUAAGAGCCCAAUUAAUGUUUUCAUUUGAUUCUGCUAAAUCAUCUUACCCAGAACACCAUCUGCCUCCUUCCUCAUUGCUGAUCAAACACAAAAAUAAUAGGGCUAAUCGCAUAUUCCAUGUCUGUGAGUGCUUCACUUUCAAUCUCCCAUUUUUCACAUUCAUUCACUGUAUACAAACGAGUGCACAGUCUUUAUUGCGUAUGAUACGUUAUCUUGUAAUGACUGGUAAUUAGUAACUCCACAGGAUUGGGAGUCAAAUAAAAGAGAGCUCUCUAACUACAGCUCCUGUUUAGUUCCUCCUACUACGCGUGUUCUCCUCUCUUCAUCCAGCUCUCAUCUUUUCCCGGUAAAAAUACCCUUUUCUAUAUCAGAUGUUGCCUUAGUACAUAUAGUAUCUUACACAAACCAAAUAAAUGGUGGGAUUCGUUUUAGAACUAUAUAUAAAUGAGCAAUUUUAACAUUUUGAAAACAGCCUCAUUAUACUUUCCUUAAUUCAGUUUUCUAGAAAUAAAAUAACUUGAAUACAUUUACAAGUUGGACAUUUUUAGAUAUGCUUAAAAUAAAGCAGAUUUGUGCAUUUUAUUAGUGUGUGUCAGAUAAAGCUGUUGUUUUUUCAUACAACAGCGCACAAAAUAUGUCGUGAGUUAAAUUUAAUAAGACAUGAUGUGUUUGAUAAUUUGCAGACAUCUGAUGUUAAUCUUUGUUUGAAGGUCAUAUUUGGUGGGGUGGGAGGAACUGUGGAAAAACAUGUAGCAAUAAACUUUUGUUAGUGUCCUGAAUUUGUUAAACUUUAUGCAACUUUUAAUAAAAAAUGGUAAAAUACCAUUUUCUGUCUUA